UCACAUGAUGACGUCACGUCUUCCACCGUGGCCACCCCAGAAAAAAAUGUUCCUAACGCCCCUGCAUCCAUCACUUACAUAGAGACAUUAUAUCAUGUCUACAAAUGUCUAGAGCUAAUAUGAAUAAUAAUAUUUCUUUCUUUCUAUGUGAGCGUCCGGUUGGUUCCGGCCGCGCGGCAGAGGCUGUUUGAAACCCGAUCAGAGGUGAUGCUGUAGCGGCACGCGCAAGGAUGAGGAGGCUGGAGAGGGAAGCUGUCUCUACAUGUAUGUGUGGCACUCAGUCUUUGAGGAAGUCAAGAAGCUGACAAGAACGGAGAACAUUCGCGCGACUGAAGGAAAGAAACAUAAUUAUUCCACCGUCACAGACGAUUAAAGUAUGGGAUCUGUACUUUGCUGCUCGAGCUCGCGGAGGUGGAUCAUCGUGUCUAAAACAACGGACCCGGAGCUAGCUCGCUAGCUUGCUCUUUGAUGUUUCUCCCACCGACAAAUUUCGGAGGUUAUCCAUUUUUUGGAGUAACUUUGAAGAAUUUUCGGUUGAAGUAAUUUUUUUGACAGCAACCCGGAUUAUUUUCGGCUCAAAUAAUCUACUUUAUUAAAUGUCAUUUAGCGUAAAGCUACAUUAGUUAGCUGACUUUGAAUGUAGCUAUUAGCUUUAGCCGAAAUUAGUUUAGCUAAUUAAUAUGACAUUAGCUGCUAAGCUACAGAGCGCUUAUGACUAAUGAUUAACCCGACCGAUUGAGCUCGUUAAGCAGUCGUUAUGUCGUUAAAGAUGCUGGGAUUUUUGCAUUUAUAUGAUCUACAGCAGCAAAGUUAUUCAUACCGGUAGCGAUAUUUCAUUUUUAUGUACGGAAAAUGUACGCAAAUAGGAGGAUUUUAAGUUUUAAUUUAAAGUCCAGCAAGCAGGACUAAAAUACCGAAACUUUUCAAGCGAAAUCAGUAUUACUUUUCUUUUUUUAAGCAGUUUAAAUAAUUUAAAAAAUGUAUAAGUUUGGACAAAAGUGUUGACGCAUUAGGUAAACUCCUCUAAAAUAAUAAUAAUAUCAACUAAAGUGCCAGAUAUGCGUCUCUCCCCGUUUUUGGCCCUGUUCAGGCCUGCUUUGCCCCUCAUCCUUGGCCUGUCUUUGGGAUGCAGUCUCAGCCUUUUGAUGGUGUCCUGGACACAAGGAGACACCGACGACUCCUGCCAAAACGAGCUGGGGAAAGGCAGGUUUUUCCUGGGCAAACGGGAUGCCCAGGGGGGAGCAAGAGAUGGAGCUGGGGGGGAAGACUUUCAGCCUCGCAUAGUGCCCUACCACAAGGAUCCCAACAAGCCUCACAAGAAAGUCCUCAGAACUCGAUACAUCCACACUGAGCUGGGCAUCAGAGAGCGUCUGCUGGUGGGCGUGCUGACCUCCCGGGCCACCCUCAACACGCUGGCUGUUGCUGUGAACCGCACAGUGGCGCAUCACUUCCACCGGACCUUUUUCUUCACGGGCCUACGCAGCCCCAAGGUGCCUCAUGGGAUGUCCGUGGUCGCCCAUGGCGACGACCGGCCGGUGUGGCUGAUGUACGAGACCAUCCGCCACCUUCACCAGCACUACGGCUCGGACUACGACUGGUUCCUGUUGGCUCAGGAUGACACCUACAUGCAGGCGGAGCGCCUGUCGGAGCUGGUGGGCCACCUCACCGCCGGGCAGGACCUGUACAUGGGGCGAGCAGAGGAGUUUAUCGGCGGGGAGGAGAAGGCGCGGUACUGCCACGGAGGUUACGGCUACCUGCUGUCCCGCAGCCUCCUGGCGCGCCUGCAGCCGCACCUCGACACCUGCCGCAACGACAUCCUCAGCGUGAGACCCGACGAGUGGCUGGGCCGAUGCAUCAUCGACUUUCUGGGUUUGAGCUGCGUGGAGGUGCACCGGGAGAUGACGUAUCGUUACUUUGAGCUGGGGAAAAACGCAGAUCCAGAGAGAGAAGACAGCGCUCAGUUCAAGAGCGCCUUCACCGUUCACCCCGUCUCCGAGCCCAACCUCAUGUACCGCCUGCACAAACGCUUCAGCCACAUCGAGCUGGAGUGGACGUACCAGCACAUCCAGCAGCUGCAGAUGCAGAUCACCAACCUCAGCGAGUUGACUCCAGAGGGUAAGGCCGGGGUCACGUGGCCCAUAGGAAUCAACCCCCCGUUCAAACCCAAAACCCGCUUCGAGGUCAUCAACUGGGACUACUUCACGGAGGACCACAUUUACUUCUGUGUCGACGGCGCACCCAAAUGCGAGAUGAGAGGAGCCGACCGGGCCGACGUCAACGCGGUCCUGGAAAUCGCCGUGGAGCGCCUGAACGAGCGCUACCAGCCCCAGCUCCGCUUCCUCAAGCGGCGCCUCCUGAACGGGUACCGCCGCUUCGACCCCACGCGCGGCAUGGAGUACAUCCUGGACCUGGCGCUGGAGGCCUUGACCCAGAAGGGCCACAGUCAGGUGAUCGCCAAGCGGGUCAACCUGCUGCGGCCGCUCAGCGCCGUGGAGAUCAUCCCCAUGCCUUACGUGACGGAGGCCACGCGGGUGCAGGUCAUCCUGCCCGUCACCGUCCAGGACCAGGACUUUGUGGGGAACUUCCUGGACAUGUAUGUGAUGAACACGCUGGACACCCACGACAACGUCCUGCUGACCUUCUUGUUCAUCUACGACCCCUUCGACGCGCAGCGGGUCAGCCAGACGGACGUGUUCGCCGGCGUGAAGGCCAUGAUCGGAGAGGUGGAGAAGCGCUACGGCGACGUGAAGAUCCCGUGGAUCAGCGUGAAGACGGAGGUUCCCUCGCAGGUCAAACUGAUGGACAUCAUUUCCAAGAAGCACCCGGUGGACACGCUCUUCUUCCUCGGGAGCGUUUGGACGGAGGUCAACGCCGACUUCCUGAACCGCUGCCGGAUGAACGCCAUCAGCAACUGGCAGGUCUUCUUCCCCGUCCACUUCCAGGAGUUCAACCCCGCCGUCAUGUACCGCGACCAGCAGCCCUCCGCCUCCUCCUCCUUCGCGUCCGAGUCUCUGCGGGACGGCCACUUCGACCGCCACGUCUUUGACGAGGCCUGCUUCUACAACGCCGACUACAUGAGCGCCCGCACCACCAUGGCCGCCGACAUCCUGGACAACGAGGAGCUGCUGGAGAGCAUGGACGUGUACGACAUCUUCGUGCGGUACUCGGGCCUGCACGUCUUCAGAGCCGUGGAGCCCGCUCUCAUCCAGAAGUACGUGCGGCGGGCGUGCAACCCUCGCUUCAGCGAGGACAUCUACCACCGCUGCGUCCUGAGCAACCUGGAGAGCCUGGGGUCGCGCUCGCACCUCGCCAUGUCGCUGUUCGAGCAGGAGCAGGCCAACAGCACGUAGAACCAAAAACAGAGACAGACGCUUCUUCCUCCCGCUUCCCACCAGAACGUUCAGAAAAACCUGUAAAUGUUUGGCGUCCGGAACGAGGAAGAGGAUGGGGUCAAAUCAGGAUCCUCUUAAAGGGAACGAAAAUACAGACUUGGAGAAAUUAUUGAAAAUUUGAAAAAAUAAAAUUGAACAUCUGAAAAAAUAAUGUUGAAAA